AUGGAGCAGAUAAAUACUAAACUCUGUGAAAUGUUUCCGGGUCGUAAACAGCAAAUAGAAACGCUGUUAGGUCUAAUGGGCGAGCCUCAAGAACAAACACCUCCCGCAAUCUACAUAUACGGAGAUCACUCCUUAGGAAAAACAACACUCGUAAAAUCCCUCAUGAAGCUCGUUCUACCACCUCACCAAUAUUCUUUUAUCGAUUGUAUUGUAUGCUUCGAGCCGCGGAUUAUGUACCAGCGCGUGUUGAACGAUUUGACACAGACAAAGCCGACACCCGCGAACAGGUAUAAAAGUCAGAAAUGCGUGAAUUUAAAAGAGUUUGUGGUCAAGGUUAGGGAGUGUUGUCAAUUGGGAGAGGAUGCUGAUGAAACGCGGUAUUUGAUAUUUGAUCAUGCUGAGCGAUUACGUGAUAAAUCUCCAGAUACAUUAUUACCUACUUUGAUGAAGCUGAGGGAAUUGGAUAUACUGAAAAUAUUUUCCAAACAUUGCCCAAACAACGUCGACCUCGACUUUUUCUUGGGUUUUGUGAGAUUCUUAUACGAUGUGUGUAAUGGUAAUUGCAAAAAUCUCUGUGAGAUGUUUCAGUUGGCAUUUUCGUUGUUGCCAAAGUAUAUUGAACCUGUUGUAAAGGGUUGGGCCAAAAAAGGGGACACCUUAACGCUAAUUCAACAUAUUCAGCCUUAUUACAAACAGGCAAUGGACAAACUGCAUCUAAAUGAGAUAUCAAGUUCUGGAUGGUCUCAAAGCACGCAAAUUGAUGAUUGCGGCAUUGAUUUACCAUAUUACACCAAACUACUGCUAAUCGCGUCUUUCCUAGCAUCAUAUAAUCCAGCACGUCUUGACAAACGAUACUUUGCCAAGGGCUCCGAAGAAACAUUACGCACAUAUCGUAGAAAAACCAACCAAUCGCAGAAAGGAAGUCCCAAGAAAAGUCCGGUCAAAAAUUCUCAUGAUAUCCCAGGUGGUGGAAAGCUUCGCCAGCAACUUUUAGGCCCUGUGGCUUUUCCUGUCGAACGCAUGCUGGCAAUUUUCGAUAGUAUUAUUCCGGAUUCAAUCGACACGAACGUUGAGAUUAUGAAGCAG